AUGACUGGUUCGAUCGCGGGACCGGAUUUUGCUAUGCUUGCUGGGCGGCGGCGGACGAAUGCCCAACCGAAAGAGCCUCACGUAGUGGUCGAGUCGGAAGACCAGCCCAACCGCCGGCUGCUGGAAACCAGGAUAGUCAAAGAUGAUGGCUUUCAGAAACAACAAGGCAUGCCAAGUCCUGCGCUUUCAUACUCACAAGCCGAUGGCUGCACCGCAAUAUGGAAAUUCAUCGACCAAGUUCAGCAGACCUUCCAACCCGGCAUGUCCGGCCCGGACGACAGUUAUUCAGAUGACUUGACCAUGGAGCUGCCCCCUUCCGUUCAGCUUCCGCCGGCUGAUCUAGGGUCGCUGCCCGAGUUGGAUAUGGCGAUCCGAAACUUGUCGCAAUCGCCCGCCGGUCGCGACGCACUUGCGAAAACCAUCAUGAGCGAGGACUAUAUCAGCAAACUCAUCCCGUUGGUAGAGAUGGCCGAGGAUCUCGAGAGCCUAACUGACCUUCAUCGGUUAUGCAACAUCAUGAAGACGGUGCUGCUCUUGAAUGAUACCAGCAUAAUCGAGCACGCAGUUUCGGAUGAGUGUGUCUUGGGGGUGGUGGGCGCGUUGGAAUACGACCCCGAUUUCCCGAGCCAUAAGGCAAACCAUCGGCAGUGGCUGAACAACCAGGGCCGGUACAAGGAGGUGGUAAGGAUCCAGGACGAGCACGUCCGUCGUAAGAUCCACAUAACAUACCGACUGCAGUAUCUGAAGGACGUUGUGCUGGCAAGGAUACUCGACGACCCGACCUUCUCGGUUCUCAACUCCCUCAUCUUCUUCAAUCAGGUCGACAUUGUUCAGCACCUCCAUACCACUCCCGGCUUCAUGCAUGACCUCUUCGCUAUAUUCCACGACCCUCACCAGCAGCCGCUCCGGAAGAAGGAGGCGGUUCUGUUUAUUCAGCAAUGCUGUGCCAUCGCCAAAAACCUACAACCGCCUGCCCGCCAGGGCUUGUACGUGCACUUCCUUAAGGAGGGCCUUCUCCCCGCCAUUAACUUUGGCAUGCGCCAUCGUGACGUAUCGGUGAGAGUGGGCGCAACGGACAUCCUGGUUUCCAUGAUCGACCACGACCCCUCGCUGGUUCGACAAACAAUAUACGAGCAAAUCCAAAAGCGCCUACAACCACUAACAGACACUCUGAUCGACCUUCUUCUCGUCGAAGUGGAUCUCGGUGUCAAGUCCCAAAUCUCGGAAGCGCUCAAGGUCCUUUUAGAUCCGUGUCCACCGCCAGUGCAGCAGCAGCAACAGCAACAGCAACAACAACAACAACAACAAGAGUCGCGUGGAGAGUUCGCGGGCCAGCCGAGGCUCCGAGUGCACCCCGGCAUCGACUCACAACAAGACGUGUUCCUGACGCAUUUUUACGAGCACUCGGCCGUUAGGCUGUUUAAGCCCCUUCUCGAGCUCGAGAAAAGGGCCGAGAUGAAGUUCAGCCCGUCAGAGGAGGGCGUGUUCAGCUACCUGAACGACAUUCUCUGCUUCUACAUUCAGCGCCACCAUCACCGUAGCAAGUUUUUCGUAUUCACUUAUAACAUGGCCUCCCGGCUCGUGCAGUUGCUUGCUUGCAAGGAAAAGCACUUGCAGCUCGUUGCGGUCCGCUUCUUCCGCCACCUUGUGAUAAUGCAAGACGAGUUCUACGUCAAACAUAUGGUCGACAAGCAGGUCCUGGGCCCCAUCCUCGAUGUCCUGCUCCGAACCCUACCGCGAGACAACCUCCUCUCGUCCGCCUGCCUUGAGCUCUUCAUGCUUGUUAGUAAGGAAAACAUCAAGGAGCUGAUCAAACAGAUGGUUGAGAACUACCGCGAGAAGGUCAUGGCUCUCGCAUACAUCCCCACCUUCCACGAAAUUCUCCACCGUUACGACCAGACCCAAGGCUUCACCAUCAACAUUGAUCCCUAUUUCGAAUCCGAGGACGAGCUCGGAAGGGGGCGCCCGCCCAACGGCGCCCCGCGGGGGAUGAUGGAACAUCUCUCCGUCGACCAGGCGCAGGAGGACUACUGGAACACAUCAGACGACGAAGAGGAUUUUACCUCACAACAACCCAGUGCGGAGGAGCUCCAGCGAUCGCUGGACAUGAUGGCGGACAGGAGCCCGUCAAAACCGCUGGUUGAGUAUACCUCGGACGAAGAGCUAGACGAGAACGACGCCGUUAUGACCACCCUCCCCGCGGGAAUAACAGCAACCCAAACCUCAGGCGACGAGUCCACGCCGCCGCCAACAACCGGCAGUCCCACCGCUGCAUCGACGAACGGCACAUCCCCAUCCGCAUCUGCCACAGCAGCUGCCGCUGCCGCUGCCGCAGCGGCAGCCCCACCACCCGAGCGUCUCUCAGAGAAACGCCGCCGCGAAGAAGACGAAGACGACGACGUCCUCGACAAGCUGACGCAACACAAACGGCGGAACAGCAGUAGCGCUGCAUCGAAUGCUUCCCUGCCGGUAUCUGCGACAGCCAUUCUUCGGAAAAAGAGGAGUUUCUCGGGGCAGGGGCACGGCGCGUCAGGGACACCAACAACAACAGGCGGUAGUCCAAAAGGGGGCGGCGCAGGCGGAGGACCAUUGAAAAAAAUCGCCAUCAGCAUCUCACAAGCGGCCAAGGCUGCUAUGGUGAAGGCUGACGAGAGCGGCGGUGGUGAUGGGAGUGGACGGGAGUAG